CUCCCUCCCGGAACCGGAGGAGACGUCUUCCACCCGAGAUGCUCCUCCUCCGGCGCUGCUGCCACCACGUCCCCCCUCGCCGCGCCGCUCCUCCCCUCCCGGCCAUCCACCGCGUCGCGAUGUCCUCCGCCCCCGCCUCCCCCUCCGCGACGCCGUCCUCCUCACCGGCGGCGGAGUACCACUGCCGGACCAAGCACAGCCUGACGGCCGGCUACGCGCGCGGCCCGGGCCGCCUCGACUGGGCCAACCAGCCCAACCCCUUCCUCCGCUUCUCGCCUUCCCCCGCCACCCCUCUCCCCAACCCGCCGCCCCCGGCGCCCGUUCCCUACCCGGCCCUCUUCCACGCGCCGCCCCCGCCGCCGCGGCCGCUCUCGCUCGACUCCCUCUCCGACCUCCUCUUCCACUCGCUCGCCCUCUCCGCCUGGAAGUCCGCCGGCGCGUCCACCUGGUCCCUCCGCGUCAACCCCAGCAGCGGCAACCUCCACCCCACCGAGGCCCACGUCCUGUUCGAGGACCCGCGGGAGCCCGGCCGCCUCGUCCUCUCCCACUACGCGCCCCGCGACCACCUCCUCGAGGCCCGCGCCACCCUGUCCGCCGGGGACCGCUCGGCGCUCCUGCCGCGGCCGGCCACCGCAGUGCUCGCGCUGUCGUCCGUCUUCUGGCGGGAGGCCUGGAAGUACGGCGAGCGGGCGCUGCGGUACUGCAACCACGACGUGGGCCACGCGCUGGCCGCGGUCGCCCUGGCCGCAGCCACUCUUGGGUGGGAUGCGCGGUUGCUCGACGGCUUGUCCGAUCAGGACCUUGGGAGGCUAGUGGGGGUUGACAAAGGGUGCCCUGCCCCUGCUCCUGCAGACAAAAUCAAAAUGGUGAGUGGCAAGAAGGGGCCAGCGCCAUGGGUGGAGAGGCAACACCCAGAUUGUGCUCUCCUGUUGUUCCCUGCGGGCUCAGAAGAGCCGGAGGUGGACUAUGGGAGGAUGAGUGAUGCUCUGAGGGAAUUCGAUGAGUUGGAGUGGGUGGGCAAGGCGAAUGCGCUCAGCAAGGAUCAUGUGGUGUGGGAUGUCAUUUACAAGACGGCAGAGGCUGUCAAGAAACACCGACCUAUGCCUGGGGAGGGCUUCUCGGUGAGCCCGUGGAACACGAGCUCCAAAUUGUCGGAAGGGCUGUAUAAGGAUCUCACGGCGCAGGAGGUGGUACGGCGGCGGAGGAGCGCGGUUGACAUGGACGGGGAGCACGUGAUGGGGAAGGAGGAAUUCUAUCAGAUACUGCUGCAUUGCCUGCCUUCAGGCGAGGUUAGCCCGAGGGGGCGACAGGGACCACAGAGCGCUCUACCAUUUCGCGUGUUGCCAUGGGACGCAGAGGUGCACGCCGCACUGUUUGUGCACCGUGUCUCAGGACUGGCCAAGGGGCUGUAUUUCUUGGUUAGGAACGAAGAGCAUUUUGAUACAUUACGACAUGCUAUGCGACAAGAUUUUGAGUGGGCUCGACCAGAGGGAUGCCCUGAUGGCCUCCCACUCUACAGACUGAUGAAAGGGGAUUGCCAGAGGUUGGCAAUGCAGAUAUCAUGUAUGCAGGAUAUUGCCUCACAUGGAUGUUUUAGCCUUGGGAUGAUUGCUCGAUUUGAACCUGUGCUGGAUGACAAAGGUGAAUGGAUGUAUCCUCGUUUAUUCUGGGAGACUGGUGUUCUUGGUCAAGUUCUCUACCUUGAGGCGCAUGCUGUAGGGAUAUCUGCCACGGGGAUUGGUUGCUACUUUGAUGAUGCUGUUCAUGAGGUUCUUGGUUUGAAAGACCUGGAGUUCCAAAGCUUGUACCAUUUUACGGUGGGUGCCCCUGUGGUUGACAGGCGGAUCAUGAGUCUCCCUGCGUACCCAGGGCCAGGGAUUGAUGCAUGAUUUCUAUUUUCUAGGCCAGCCCACGGAUCAACAUCUGAAUGCCUGGAUGAAGUACAACUUGUGUUCUUGUAUAGGAAAGGAGCCGGGUGAAGGGAACUUAUGACUGCAGCACAGGUCUAUUAGGAUCUUGGUGCAUCAUCAGAUCGUGGUAUGUUAUGUAUAGUCAUGCGAGCAUAAGAAACAGAAGGUUGCUCAGAGAUAUGUAGAGGGCGCUUGGUUGGCUGCCGAAUUUUGGCUAGUAACAACUGUGAGUUUCUCCUGGGACGGGCAUCCCGAAUUUUUUUUCUGGAAUCUCAAAGUAAAUCGGUUGCCCCUUGGGAUGAUAUUCAAAAUUUCAGGUCACUCGUUUGCCCCUUGGGAUGAUAUUCAUAGAAGUGUAAUGUUUAUGACCUUUCUGAUGUAAGAGUAUAUACAGCGAGAGAACCCUCUGAAUUCUGGAACAUGAUGCCCAUUAACAUUCAGUGAACUCAA